GUGCUUCUAAACAACUUUCUUCAUUCUUUUACAGUUUUACCACUAAAUCAAGAGCCAGUCGGUGACAAACUGGCAAUUGCGUCUACAUAUCAACCAAACUCAUUAUAAGAUGCUCUUUCGGUGGUGACUGGACUGAUCGGUCCUCUACCUUUACCUUUUCUUCUUUUCUUGGGCACGUAGUUUCGCUUCAUCUUACACGAAAAACUCUGCACCUACUGAGACCCUUGUCCUCUUCUGCCCCAUCUUCAUUUCACCAGCAAUCAAACAACAAUUGUUCCUGCUUUUUCCACCCGUUCAUACACCAUACAAUGUGUUGCUGCUUUUUCCACUUUACCUUUUCUUCUUCUCCAUUUCUUGGUAGUUUCGUUUCAUCUUACACGCCCUUGACUUCACAUUGACGUUGAUGGAAGCUACCAGGAAACUGUGAUCACGCAGCGUACCUAUUUUUGAGCUGUGCUCCUUUUCUUUUCCUCUUCCUCUUGUGCUCCUUCUUCAUUCCAUCAGCGAGCUGAGCGUGAAAUCAAACAACAACUCAGGUUCAAUGGCCACCCAAUUGAGAGCUUCUUUCUCAUUCUCUUCUGUUCCUUUUUCCACCCGCUCAUGCACACACGAUGUGUUUCUGAGUUUCAGAGGCGAGGAUACUCGCUACGGUUUCACAGGUCAUUUGCACAGGUCUUUGGUUCAAAGGGGAAUCAACACUUUCAUAGAUGAUGAUGAUCUUCCAAGAGGAGAAGAAAUAUCAGAAGCACUUCUCCAAGCAAUUAAAGAAUCAAAGCUGUCUCUCGUUGUGUUCUCCGAAAAUUAUGCAGCCUCAAAGUGGUGUUUAAAUGAACUGGUUCAUAUCCUUGAAUGUAAAAAAUCGAAGAACCAAAUGGUUCGGCCAAUCUUUUACAAGGUAAAUCCCGCCGAUGUAAGACACCAAAGAGGUAAAUUUGGUGAGGCACUUGCAGAGCAUGAACGCGGACUCGAAGGUGAUAUGGACAAGGUGAAAAGUUGGAGAGCAGCUCUUUCAGAAGCAGCAGAUUUGUCUGGGUGGCCUUUCUCGCAGGGGCAUCAAUAUGAAUAUGAAUUUAUUGAUAAAAUUGUUGAAGAGGUUUCUGCACAACUAAAAGAACCUUCCUAUUUGGAUGUGGCAAAGUGUCCAGUUGGGAUACACUCUCGGGUACAAGAAAUGCUUGAAAUGUUAGAUGUUGGGGGAAGUGAUGUACGCAUGGUAGGGAUAUGGGGAAUUGGUGGAAUAGGGAAGACAACAAUUGCUAAAGCUGUUUACAAUACAAUUGCCCAUAAGUUUGAAUGUCACUGCUUUUUGGAAAAUGUUAGAGGAGGUUCAGAGCAGCAUGGAGGUUUAGUCAACCUACAAAACAUUAUUCUUUCAGAGAUUCUAGGGGGCAAAGAACUGAUAGUAAUCAAUGUCGAUAAAGGAAUCAAUUUGUUGCGUCAAAGGUUGAGAAAUAAAAGGAUUCUGUUAAUUCUUGAUGAUGUGAAUAAAUCGAACCAGUUAGACACAUUAGCCAGAGCACCAGAUUGGUUUGGUCGUGGUAGCAGAAUUAUCAUAACAACAAGAGAUAAGCGUUUGUUAACUGUUCACGAAGUCAAUCCUAUAUACAAGGCCAGGGAACUAGAUCAUAGCGAAGCUUGUGAGCUCUUCAGGUUAAAUGCCUUCAAGAAAAAAAGAAAUCAUGAUGACGAUGAGAAACUCUGGAUUAGCACAAUUGUUAGAUAUGCUCAUGGCCUUCCGUUAGCCUUGGUAGUUUUGGGUUCACAUCUACGUGGUAGACCUAUACAUGAAUGGCAUGCUAUGUUAGAUGGUUAUAAAAGAAAUCUUCCCAGAGACAUUCGAGAUAUUCUCAAAGUCAGUUAUGAUGGACUGGAAGAAAUAGUGAAAAAAGUUUUCCUCGACAUUGCUUGUUUCUUCAGAGGUUGGAAUACAAAAAAUGUGAUACAAAUAUUAGAAGGUUGCGAUCGCAACAACCCCAAGCAUAGUAUUGAAGUUCUUGAAGAAAAGGCGCUCAUAAAUGUUGAUGGAUAUGGUCAUAUUUGCAUGCAUGAUUUGCUAAAUGAGAUGGGAAAAUAUAUAGUUCAGCAGGAGUCUACAGAGCCCGGUGAGCGAAGCAGAUUGUGGCAUCACAAGGAUGUGCAGGAGGUUCUAACAGAAAACACGGGCACAAGUAAAAUUGAAGGCAUGAUGGUAAAGAUGCCCAAAGAAGAUGAGAUACGCCUGAAUCCUAAAUGCUUCAAAAAGAUGAAAAAUCUUAAAAUUUUUAUAAACAUCAAUGGACAGUUUUGUGGAAAGGUUGAUUAUUAUCCGAAUCAGUUGCGGUUAUUUGAUUGGUCUAGCUGUCCGCUACAAUCUUUGCCCUCCGAUUUUAAUAUGAAGAAUCUGGUUCAAUUUAGUAUGCCUUGCAGCCGCAUCUCAAGUUUUGGAGAAGGAUCCAAGAGUAUGGAAAAUCUGAAAUCCUUAAAUUUGGAGAGAUGUAAAUUCCUAGUACAAAGCCCAGACCUGUCUGGAAGCCCAAACUUAGAGUUCCUGGAUCUAAGUUGGUGUACAAGUUUAAAGAAGAUUCAUCCUUCGAUAGGAUCCCUCCAAAAGCUUGUUGAACUGGAUCUACACCGUUGCUCUAACCUUGUGACGCUUCCUCAAAAAGUCAACUGCAAAUCCCUCAAAUCCUUAAGUUUGAGUGACUGUGAACUCCUAGCACAAAGCCCAGACCUGUCUGGAAGCCCAAACCUAGAGUUACUGGAUCUAAGCUAUUGUACAAGUUUAGCGGAGGUUCACCCUUCAGUUGGAUCCCUCAAAAAGCUUGUUGAACUGGAUCUUCAUAAAUGCUCUAACCUUGUGAGGCUACCAGGAGAAGUCAACUGGAUAUCCCUCCGAUCCAUUAAUCUCAACUACUGCACAAGGCUGGAGAGUUUCCCUGAAAUUGAGGGAGAGAUGAAAUGCAUGACAUCCUUGUAUCUAUACAACACUGGCAUCAAAGCAUUGCCUUCAUCCAUUGGAUAUCUAAUUAACCUUGAAUACUUGACGUUAGGCGGAUGUGGAAACCUCACAGAUCUACCCUGCGGCAUUUAUGAAUUGCAGAAGUUAAGGGAGGUUUAUUUGUCCGAGUGCCCAAAACUGGUAAGAUUCCCAAAUAAGGUGGAGUCUGAAGUGCUUCCAACUUACUCAAAGGUUUCACAUGACAACCGUGACUCUUCAUCGGAGCCAGAGUCAGAUACUGAAUUCAAUCUGGCGCUUCCUUGUUUAGACCGAUUCCAUGCGGGUGGAUGCAAUUUAUCUAAUAUUGAUUUCCUCGCGUCCCUUGAUUGUGCAUCCACUUUAUAUUCACUUGAUAUAUCAGAAAGCCCCAUUGUUAUUCUUCCCGAAUGCAUCAUCAACAAAUUUGUCAACUUGGGGAAACUCAAUUUGAGAGGCUGCAGGAGGCUCGUAGAAAUUCCAGAGCUUCCACCAAGUAUUAGCUGGUUGAAUGUGAGGGAUUGCGUAUCAUUGGAAAGAAUUUCGAAGUUGUCAAACAUUUUGGAGCGUAAAGAAUCACAAAUGAUUAAGGAGAUGGACUUGACUAAUUGCUGGAGACUCUGUCAAAAUUUGGUUGGGAUGGCAAACGAGGAUGAUGAUGAGGUGGACGCUGAUCUCUUCUCUCGACUCCUAUCUUCUCAGCAAUUCCAAUUCACAAUUAGAUUUCCAGUUCCAAGAAGCGGGGUUCCAAAGUGGUUCAGCUGUCAAAUGGAUUUCAAGGGGCAUCGACGGUUUGAAUUUUGUAUUGAAACACUUGCAAAUUUCAAAUGGGACAACACAGGAUUGGCUCUCUGUGUGGCUGUUGAUCAAAGGCUGCAAGAUCCUUGGACUAGUUUUCAGGUCUAUAUUCACAUCAAUGAAGUGAGGGUCUCAGAACCGGAAAGUGUUGAUUCAGCAGAGUCGGAUCAUGUGUGGCUGCACUAUGUUCCCUUCCUUGAUAUGUGUUAUAUGCGUCCAUUGCCCCCUUUUACGUGUCGAGUCAUUAUUUAUCAACAUGAGGACUCUAAGUCCUCCAUAAAAAGCUGUGGUGUCCACCUUGUAAUGCCACCCAAUGAAGACGUUUCUAUGAAGCUAAUCCGUGCAGAGAACCUCACCAGUGAACUUAAAAAGGGCUUCUGGGACAAUUAUCGUCCCAAACAGAGGACUGACUGCAAAGAAUUAUAUACUGAUGCACAACUGGAGAACGAAAAGCUGUAAUUAUUACUGAUGCAGCAUAGCAUUGUCUACGGACCAGUGUGAUGAAUACAGGGAAUGCCCUGGGGAAUGUGAGGAAGCUGUUGCAUCACUAAUGGUUACUGCAGCUAGAUUUUUUGAUUUACCAGAGUUCUGUGACAUUAGGCCACUAUUUCAAGAGAGUUAAGUGAACUCUGGAUUAUUAUGUGGAUCAAAAGUUUGCUGAGAACAUAGCUUCAAAGCCUCCCACAUUGGUGAAGAAGGUUUGGUUGACAUAGCAUUGGAGUUUUCAAUAAAGUGGGACUCCAAGGCCUUUGAAAAAAAUGUCUAAACCUCCUGCAUUUAUACAGGUCUUGGCCUACUGUAUUGCUGCCAUAACACCUGUAUCAGAUAUUCACAUACAACACAAAGUCCUGGGAUGUCAAAGUUUGAUGAAUUUCUUAUUUGGGAAAAAAGUAUUGCUCUUUCGAAUUAUAAGGCAGUUGCAAUUUCGCAGGGCAAGCCAUCAAAUUUUGUAGAGCUCUCCAUGCCAAGGGACUUUCCAAAUGAUUGGGCUCCAAUCCAACACAUGAUAGCUGAAGGCCUGGCAAGGUCUGGAUCAAAAGAAGCAAAGUUAGUGUGAGAAGACAUUGCUGUAAGGUGGAUCAGAACCAAUUAUAAAGCCUACAAGAAAACAGGUGUCAUGCAUGAAAAAUAUGACUGGAAGAGUGUGGAGAAUUUUGGAGGUGGUGGUGAAUACGUACCCCAGAUUUGUCAGCUGGCUGAACAGAUUCCAGAUGCAAUUUUUCUUUCGGUUAACUUUGAAGAGCUCAACGCUAUGUGCCAUGGUCUCCACAUUCAUGUGAUACCAUUCUUUAGGUUUUAUAGAGGUGCAGAAGGGCGAGUAUGUAGCUUCGGCUGCACCAUUGCCGCUAAAUUCAAAGAUGCAUUAGCUAAAUAUGGGACUGAGGGUUGAAGUCUUGGGCCGCAAAGGGGAUUACAUGAGUCUGUGAUAUUACACUUGACUGAGAUAGGUGACAUAUCAGCAAGAUCUUCUUCACCAUCAACCAAAGAAGAGAGGGGUUUUGGGGGGGGGGGGGGGGGGGGGGGGGGGGAGAGGGUGGAUGAUUUGGUCAUGUAAAACAUCGAUUUGUCUGGUGUUUGGAGCAAUGUGAUCCAUAACCAUGAGGGCUUGCUCUCUACAGGCGUGUCCAUCCUUCUCUGGUUGCAAUUUGCUUCUCCCAUCUUUGGUGGUUCUGCUUCCCUUUUCGUGGGCUACAUGGUAAACACCCAGGAGAUGAUUGAGAAGGGCACACCUUGGUGAUCUGGGAUCUGGACUACGUGAAGCUUUCCCUAACCCUUUUCACUGAUUUCAUUGCUGUUUUAUUCGCACACUCAUAGUCAGAGUAAUUUUGUCUCUAACCAGCUUAGAAUACCAGCUUUCCUUUUAAAGGGUCCUUCCCCCGUUUUCGUUGUACAAUCUUCCAGUACAAUCUUCGUACUAUGCUAUCUCAGCAGAAAAACCCACCUAGGGAUUUGCAACCUCCGCCGCUACAGCCACAACUAGCUUCAAAUCAUGGUCAGGCUCAACCCGAUAAGCAUCCAUUCUCUAUAAGACUAUUACAAGAUUAGAUGUAUCGCCUGGAAGUGUCUCUCGUUACAAAAAUGUAGAACAAGAACAAGGCUGGGAAAGUGUUCUUUUACUGCAUCAGGCCACAGUUUGUGACGGCUACGAAUCCUCUUUCUGCCACGACAGCUUUCUUGUCUCCUGUCAGCAUGAUUGGCUGAGACCUUCUAAAGCUGUGUUCUUUAAGAUUCGGAGGCUUGACAUGUUUCAAAAGAAGAUGGAGAGAGAGACAUCAUGGUUAGAAGAAGAGGGAGAUUGUUGUGGUAUAUUAUAUGGCUCAAAUUCAACCCCCCGCCCCCGCCCCCGGAUGGAUUAUUGCAAUGGAGGCGUGUAACAGCCAUGCCAUUACAUAUGUUCCACUUUAUGACACCCUUGGUGCUAAUGCAGUUGAGUUCAUCAUCAACCAUGCUGAAGUUCCAAUAGCUUUUGUUCAAGAGAACAAAAUCCCUGAUUUCUUUCUGCAGAUUAUACCAUGCCUUCCAAACUGUUCUACGCCUUUAAAAACAAUUGUCAGCUUCACAAAUGUUCACAAAUGUUUCUAGCACUCAAAAGAAGGAAGCAGAAGAACUGGGGGUAUCUUGCUUUUCGUGGGAGGAAUUCUUUCAGUUGGGAAAUUCAGAUUAUGAACUACCUC